CUUGGCACCGAGCGACGAUGAUGGCCGCCGCGCGCGCUGUCCGUCUGCGCUCGACUGCGAGCCGCUGCUGCAGCUGCUGGAACCGCUGGAACCGUCUGAGUGUCCGAGAGAAGCACAGCUCGUACGAUGUGGCAGUGGUGGGAGGCGGAAUUGUGGGCCUCGCAACGGCAAGGGAGCUCAUUCUGAGACACCCAACGCUGAGCUUUGUACUGCUGGAGAAGGAGAAGGAGCUCGCUGUGCACCAGAGCGGACACAAUAGUGGAGUAAUCCACAGCGGUAUCUACUACACGCCCGGGUCUCUGAAGGCCCGGCUCUGCGUGAAAGGUGCCACGAUGGCCUACGAGUACUGCGAGAAGAAGGGCAUCCCCUACAAAAGGUGCGGCAAGCUGAUUGUAGCAGUGGAGCGGGAGGAGAUUCCAAGGCUGAAAGCGCUCUACGAACGUGGCCUAAAGAACAACGUGCGAGACCUCCGCAUGAUCGACACCAAAGGGAUCAGGGAACGGGAGCCCUACUGCAGGGGUCUCAUGGCCCUUGAUUCACCCUACACUGGCAUUGUGGAUUGGCGUCUGGUGUCACUCACCUAUGGUAGAGACUUCCAAGAAGCAGGCGGUACUGUAGUCACAGAGUUUGAGGCCAGUGACAUUUCUUCAGUAACAGAGAGCCCUGUGGGCACCGCUGAGGGUAUGAAAUAUCCGAUAUCAGUCAGAAGCUCAAAGGGAGACGAGGUGCGCUGUCGCUAUGUCCUCACCUGCGGAGGCCUGUACUCUGACCGCCUGUCUCAAAUCUCCGGCUGCAGUCCCGAACCUCGUAUCGUCCCCUUCAGAGGGGACUACCUAGUCCUGAAGCCCGAGAAGCACUACCUUGUCCGAGGCAACAUUUACCCCGUGCCUGACCCUCGUUUUCCAUUCCUUGGGGUCCAUUUCACCCCUCGAAUGGAUGGCAGCAUAUGGCUCGGACCCAACGCCGUUCUGGCUUUCAAACGCGAGGGUUACAAGGUGUACGACUUCGACGUCCGGGAUUUUGGAGACGCGCUGUCUUUCAGGGGCCUACAGAGGCUGGUGAUGAAGAAUGUCACAUAUGGACUCGCUGAGAUGUACAGAGGCGUCUUCAUCAACGCUCAAGUCAAAAUUCUGCAGAAGUACAUACCUGAGCUCUCUCCCAGCGAUGUGCUCAGGGGUCCUUCAGGGGUGAGAGCUCAAGCUUUGGACCGUGACGGGAACCUCGUGGAUGACUUUGUGUUUGACGGAGGGUUAGGAGAAGUCGGCAGCCGGGUGCUCCACGUACGAAAUGCGCCAUCGCCUGCCGCCACUUCAUCUCUGGCAAUUGCUGAGAUGAUUGCAGAUGAAGUUCAGAAACGCUUCGCUCUCUAGCAGCGCAGGUUUAGGCAGAGCCGCAUUAGACAGCACUUCUCGGUUUCUUAACCAGAGGGCUGCCAUCUGACCUCUGUCCAGCGUUCCCUGGUAGAAAGUACAGGGAGCCAAACCAUGUAUGCAAGAAAUUGACUUAAGCUCUGAUGAUCUUAGGACUGUACUGUAAUGAUUUGUCUGUAAUAGUACGUUGAUUUUUGAUAUCUUUUCCUGUUCGAGUCUGAUCCGUUAAGCCCGUUCUACAAAAAAAAAAAAAACACUGAAACAAUACUGCAAACUGUAUUUUAAAUAACUUUCCUUCAUUUACAUAUAAAAUACAAAUUGUCUUGACAUUUGACUACUUUACAAAAUGGUGCUGAAGUUGUGCAAAUCAUUCGUUUUUAACACAGAUUUAUAUAGUUGCAUCUAGUCCAGUGCUCUCGUUGGCAAAUGACAGCACAUGCCAGCUUUUAUCCCAGUUUUUGCCUCAUUGGAUGCAGCCAGCCACUUUUUUGUAAACGUGAGUUAACCGCAUACUUUUAUAAACAUAAUGACACUGCUGCAGUUUUCACUUGGGAUUUCGAUGACUUUUUAUUUAGGCCAAAACCGCUGCUUAAUUAAGUGCAAUUAGAUCCUCGAUGAUAGCCUGAAUAGAUCCGAAAUUAGAUCCGCAUUUUCACAAGGACACUAAUAGGUUUACAGUAAAUGAUUUAUAUUGUUUUGUCUUACUACUUUGUUUCAUGUCAGUACUUGCUCAAAAUGUCUGUAAGCCUUAAAUCUUGACCUGCUGAAGGAUGUUUAUUUUUUUAUUUCUCUUAUGUUCAGAAGUUGUGCUUCCGUUAGCGUAUUUUGUGUAUAACAGCAACAAAAUAUGCCUAGCAUUUUUCAAUAUUUAGUUGUGAUUUUGUAAUACAACAAUGUCUUUUUCCUUCAAUAAUUUGUCAGGUAACAGUGUGUUCAGCUCCAUAUUGCCUUAAUGUAUGAGAAAGGUGGUGUUCCUGGAUACUGCCCUUUGCAGAAUGUGUUAAGUAAACAAAUAUACAAAAAAAUAGUUUACGGUAUAUUUACAAUGCAGUACAUCUUCUACGCUGUGACCUGUUUGAGCCAACAACUUGAAAACUAGCAACUAUUUUGUACGAGGCCCUGGAGUCUUUGAUGUUUCUCAUAAUUCUUUCAGAAAAGCCUGAAAACUGUCUUUGAGGGAUUCUGUGACUAAAUUUUUAAUAUUUAUUCAGUUAUAUGCCCUGUUACAUUCAUUUUACUUUUGAAAUCUGUUCUAUUAAAUUAAUUGCUGUUAAAAUAACUUUGAACUUGCUUUCCAGGUACGUUCUCUGGUAAUACUGCAAAAACAGUUUACAGUAAAUGUGAUUGUUACUAUACCUCAGCUUUUACUGUAACAUUUUUGUAAUUCAAGUAAUUUUAUACGUAACUCUGCCUUUGUUUCUGAAAAAAGUUAAAAAGGAAGUUGAUCCUGCUGUCUUUUGUGACACUAUUCUCUUAAUUGAUGUGUGUUUCAGCCCUGCUCUGGUGCAUUUGGGUUUUCAUGCUGUCUUUAAACUGCACAAUACUGGAGUGUAAAUUAAUUUAUAUUACAGGAAUUAUUAACACAGUGAAAAAGUACAGAAAGUGUGGCCUACGAGGAGCAGAGUUAAUAAAAACAUGGUUACAGUUUGAGAGG